AUGGGCAACGACGACGAAAAGCUUAUCGACAAUGUUGCCACCAUCCGCAAGCAAAACGAUGCUUCCCUCGCCGCGUUCCGCUCUCAGUGCGAUGCCAACAUCGUAUGGCUAAAGGAAACCGCUGCUUCCCUGUUUGACUUCCUUCCCCCUUCUUCUGGUCCGUCAACCCCUCCUUCGCCGAGGCCACCCACGCGCGUGCAACUGAAGCAGUUGGGCCCGCUCCCGACUAUUGCAAAGGAGCGUGGAAUCGUCAGAAGGCAGCAAACCGACCUCAUCCGAUUGCAGGACAAGGAGAACGUAGAGAAUGGGGCCGAGCUUCAAGAAGAAGGGAGGAGGCCCCGCGUGAAGAUUCCGAGAACGAGAAAGAGGGCCCCACUUGCGACGGUCGUCGACAUACCGUUGCAAAGGAAGGCCUUGUCGCGGGAGAAGGCCAGUGGCAUGGUUGAUAGUGCUGUUUUAGAUUCAUGUGCAAAGGGCAGGAAAGAGAACUCCGUCAAGCGCAACUCGCGCGCACCAAACGAUGCUACACCCAGCUCGAAGAAUACUUCUCCUGCGUCAUUCAACUCCGCGCUCUCGCACGACAGUAUCGCGGAUAAGAAAAGAGUAUCGGAAUAUUUUCCGCCACCCAACUUUGAUAGCAACGGCGAGGAAGAAAAGGAGCGCGAGGAAAACGAGCCUGAAAGGAAUCACAGCUCGACUCCCCUGAAUCAGGAAGGUACUGAAGAAGUGAAACAAUCUCGGGAGGCGACAAAAUUGUCCCAUUCCACGCGUAGGUCGUCUAUUUCAGAUGCCGAGUUUGAAGACGCCCGUCAAAAUAGCGAGGGGGCUGACGAGGGGCCUGAUCGUAUGGACACUUCCGACUCGGAGGGAGUUCCUUCACCAGAGCAGCAUCCUCCAUCACCUUGUAAGGAAGACGAUGUCGAGAGUGGGACAGUUAGCAAGUCGACUCCGCAAAAACGCGCUCAACAGCAGAAAGCGGUGAGACCGAAGAAGAUUGCUAGAACAGACAUACCGCCGCCAGAACCGGCAUUGGAUUUAGUGCACGCCAGAGAGGAGAGUGCGUCCUUCGAGUCUGAGGAGGAAGAGGAUGCCGACAGCGACACUCCUAAGGAUGUUGUUUCAUUGAGGAAAUCAACAGAAAUGGUGUCGAUUAGGGGCGGUGUAGCGAAAACACAACACACUGAUAGUUUACGAAAUACCCGCCGAACGGCUGCAGAAAGUCACCCUACGAAAAGCUCCAAAAAAAAUCCCGCGAGUGCACGCGCAGGGUCAGGUGAUCGAAACUCACCGGGUGGUGAUGGGGCUGAUGCAAAGGAAUCUCCUGUUAUACGGCGCCGCAGACGUCCUCGAAAAGAAUUGGUGCGUUCAACUGCAGCGCGCUCUCCUCAAUCAGAUAUUUCUUCUGCAUCCGAAAAAUCAGUUGAGAGGGGUAGGAGGAUCAGCACACCUGCGGAAUCCAACCAGCGAAUUCAAGGUGCUUCGUCGCCAAGCUCUUCUUUGAAUGGCGAUAAUCAUGAUUCUCAUUCCAUGGAAUCAGGGCGAGUUUCCCAGGAGGAAAGAGCAUCCUCCAUCGCAGAGACGCAAAGGAAUGAGGAUAGCGGAACUCAUGUACAAGCAAACAGCGAGAGAAGUCGGGCUCUUCCGCGGAGCGACACAGGAAGCACAUGUAAGGGCACUGGCCAUGAAGCCACGAACCCUUCGCGCCAAGACCUUCCGCUCAUUGAAGCCACUAAGACUGUUGCGUCUUUGGAUACAUGCAAGUCUCCUAUUGUCAAUUACAAAAUGCCAAAACCUAGACAAAGGCCCGUUCUAACCAGUUCUAAAAUGCAGUACCAAAACGCAGGGACAGCUGAUUCCAUACACUCCGCUGUCAAGCAUAUCCCGCAAACCCCGCAAGGAUCAGUUCGAAGUAGCACGAUUCACGACAGGUUUGCUGAUUCGUCGAGCGGGAGAUUCCCAGUGGACGAAAAUGGAAAGCUCGAGCAGGGCGGGAUCGGGGCGUUGUCAAAAAUUGUUUCAACCCCAUCCACAAGUGCGAACACGUCAGCUGGCCAAGGAAGCAUUCGCGCUAAUCGACUAUUCACGCAAACAAAUAAUAUUUAUUCAGCCAUGAAGCCAAGGAUGUCCGUUCAGCGAUCUCGCAGCACCAACCCCAAGAUGCCAAUCUUGCAUACCCCAGGUGCCCGUACACCUGGGAAACAUGCCAUCGUAAGCUCAGGGGUUCUUGUCGACUCAAACAUCAACACACAUGUUUCCAAGCCGACUACGCCUGAAUCUCCACUUCAAAAUACCACGGGGAUAUUAAGCAAGAGGAAUGUGGAUCUUAGUGAUGCCAAGGGAAUGCACAAGAAGAUGGGUCUACCCCGAGAGCUUUCCUUUCAGACUCCAGCCAUGGCUCCUUCUGUUGAGACAGUGAGCAAAUCUCGGCGAUUUGAAAAGCAUUUAACGUUCUCAACUGCAAAUCCUACGGUUGGACAGGGUGAUGGAAAGACUAACUUCGCUGCGGCACCCGAGCCCAAAACUGCCCCCGCACAGCGGGCUCCUCUGUCGAGAAUAGAAGGGAAGCAAGGUAAGAGUGCUUUGCGUUGCAAGAUUGAGAGCCUAUAUGCUUCUAAGUCGUCUUUUACUCCGCAAAUUCCUCGAAACGUUGAUGUCUUGCAGGCUGGGGUUGAUGAAGUCUUCUCGGAUCCUCAAGAUGGAGUCGGAAAAUGUAAUUCAGGUACCGUCCUGGAGACAAGGGCCAUAUCCAGGGACAUACCCAUUAAAUCAACAGAAGAAAGCUGGAAUGAGACGAUGAGAGCAACUGAGUCUUCCUCGGUUGAAGAUGAGACAACACCUUCUGAGAAACGCAUCCAUCAUCAGCAGACUAAUCGCUCUAAAUACAGUGAGCCAAUGGAUGACAGUUUACCAGAACAAACCGACCAUGGUAUACUUCAGAAGUCGCUGCAUGUACAUAUCCCAGGAGCCCACGAGCACGAAAACUUGAGAAUGUCCCUUGGUAACACUUCUCCUGACAGUGGAAGAGUAGAUGUGGAUCGAAUGGCCUCGCAUUCGCCUUCAGAUCGUGAAAGCGACGACAAGGGCUCUUGCACUGGUCGGGACGAGAAUGUCAUUGUGGCCAGUCCCCUCACCAACUUAGUCUCCUCAGUGUCUUCCUUCCUACCCACGCCAAAUGAAUUCAGCAAAGAGCAUAAACCAGAGGAAAAGAGAGCGAGCUUCGAGGCGCGUCAAGCUCUGAAACGACAUCAACAAGACAUGGAAAGACGAGAAGCCGAAAUUUUGGCACGUAGAGAAGCGCAGCGUACUGCUAAGCAAAAAGAAAUUGAUGACAAGCAGAGAAAGGCCGAAAAACGUCGUCGUUUGCUUGCUGAAGCGGAGAAAGAUCGCACGGAAGAACUACGUCGUAAAGAACAGAUGAGGGCCCGAAAAAGGCGAGAAGAAGAAGAGAGGCAACGAAUAAAGAAAGGAGAGGAAGACAAACGGAAAGAAGAACGUCGCCGUCGUGUUCUCGAUCAGAAAAAGCAAAUAGAUAAGGCAGCGCAGAGGAAAGAAGCUGACGCAAAACGCUACGGGAAACUGUCAAAACUCCCUCGACCGAAAUUAGGGCAGCAUGGAACUACUGGCAAUCAAUUUAAGCAGAAGCAGCAACAACGGCCAGGCCACCUCCAUUCUCGACUUCCUCCGACAGGUUCCUCUAGAGUUCCAAAAAUGGUCUCAGCUGAUAGUGUGCCUCCCCCGCGGACCCCACAAGUAGAGAAAAGAAAUAGAGAGGCCGAGGAACCACAAUGGGUGAUGACUGCAGAGCGUCAUGCUGACGGCUUCGAGACAUCGGUAGAAGAACGCAAGCGAAGACGAAACAAGACAGUCCCCUCUUGGGCGGGAAAGCAAGCGCUCUUGCACACACUACAAGCCGAAAAAUCAGACCCAGAUACACUGUUUGCUAGAGGAGCUCCAUCGUGCAAUCUUGAAACCGUCUUCGACGUGGACGAAGAGAAGAAGAGAAAAUAUAGGUCGAGGGAUGAGUCUGGGGACUGGACGAGAGACAGGCUGACUGCGCAAGAGGAGAUGCAUUACAAGAGGCAAGCCGGUUUUUUUGAGAAUGCCUAA